GAGCCGAGCCGGGACGCGGCCCCCUCCCCCCCGGACUCGGCGGCGGCUCCCCGGGCGGGCGGGAUGGCGGCGGCCCCGGACCCGUAGGCGGCGGCGGGGGGAGCCGGGCGGUCCCAUGGAGGAGACCUAGGGGAGCGGCCGGGACGCACCGGAGCCGGCAAUGAUGCCGUCACCUGGGCAGACCUGGAGCAUUGGAGCCCUGAGGACAUAGUUGCAGCUGCUGCCUUGGAUCCAGAAGGCAUUGGGCAGGGAAGAGCCUUGAAUCUUGAGGUGGGCUGUUAACUCUAAGAUGUCCUUGAGCAGCGGAGCUUCCGGAGGGAAAGGAGUGGAUGCGAACCCAGUUGAGACAUACGACAGUGGGGAUGAGUGGGACAUUGGAGUAGGGAAUCUCAUCAUUGACCUGGACGCUGACUUGGAGAAGGAUCAGCAGAAAUUGGAGAUGUCGGGCUCCAAAGAGGUGGGGCUGCCAGCGCCCAAUGCUGUGGCCACAUUGCCAGAUAACAUCAAGUUUGUGACCCCAGUGCCAGGCCCGCAAGCCAAGGAGGGCAAGUCCAAAUCCAAGAGGAGUAAGAGUGCCAAGGACAGUGGCAAGCCUGCCCCAGGAACCUCCCUGUUCACUCCCAGUGAGGGAAGCAGUGGCAAGAAGGAGGUUCAGGGACGCUCUGGGGAUGGCGCGAACUCUGGUAGCUUGGUGGCUGCCAUCACCCCAAAGGGCUCGGAGAAAUCGGCCAAGACAUCCCGUAGUGUGGCUGGCUCCAAGAAGGAGAAGGAGGGCAGCUCAUCUAAGAGCAAGAAGGAAAGAAGUGAGGGGGCAGGGGCUCCGUCGGAGAAGGAGCCUAGCGUGCUUCAGCCUCUCGCUCUGGCUGUGAGGGUGGGACAAUAUGAUGGGGGCCAGGGGGCAGAACCUGCUGCUGCCGAGCAGCUUGGGAGUAUAGCUAUUGACACAGGAGCAGCACUCAAUCCCUUGGGAGUUAAACCAGAGCUGGAGGAUGGGGACAGUGAAUGCCGGCAGCUGAAAAAGGUCAAAUCAGAGAAGAUGGAGUCUCCGGUCUCCACCCCCGCGGUACUGCCACUGCACCUCCUCGUCCCUGUUGUCAAUAACGACAUCUCCUCCCCAUGUGAGCAGAUCAUGGUACGCACCCGCUCGGUGGGGGUGAACACAUGCGACGUAGCAUUGGCUACUGAGCCAGAAUGUCUGGGCCCCUGUGAACCCGGGACCAGUGUCAACCUAGAGGGCAUUGUCUGGCAGGAAACGGAAGAUGGUAUGUUGGUGGUCAACGUGACCUGGAGGAAUAAGACGUACGUGGGGACGCUGCUGGACUGCACACAGCAUGACUGGGCACCCCCUCGGUUCUGCGACUCUCCCACCAGUGACCUGGAAAUGCGGAAUGGCCGGGGGAGAGGGAAGCGCAUGCGUCCUAACAGCAACACGCCUGUGAACGAGACUGCCACUGCCUCGGACAGCAAAGGGACCAGCAGCAGCAGCAAGACCCGGGCAGGGGCCAACAGCAAAGGGCGCCGGGGCAGCCAGAACUCCUCGGACCACCGUACCCCGCCCAGCGGUGCUGGUGAGGAUGUGAAGGCCAGCCCCUCCUCAGUGACCAAGCGGAAAAGCAAGCCCCUCUCUGACAUGGAGCUGAACUCCAGCUCCGAGGACUCCAAAGGGAGCAAACGCAUUCGCACCAACUCGAUGGGCUCGGCUGCCGUGCCCCCGGCCGGGGUCAAGGUGGAGCCUGCUGUCCUGGACAGGAACUGUCCCUCCCCUAUCCUUAUUGACUGCCCCCACCCAAAUUGUAACAAGAAGUACAAGCACAUCAAUGGCCUCAAGUACCACCAGGCACAUGCGCACACAGAUGAUGAUAGCAAGCCAGAGGCAGAUGUGGACAGCGAGUAUGGCGAAGAGCCUUCCCUUCAUACGGACAUUGGGAGCUGCAAUGGGGCUCCCAUCUCACAGAAGGGUUCUCUAUCGCCGGCUCGAUCAGCCACCCCCAAAGUCCGGCUGAUGGAACCCCACAGCCCUUCUCCAUCCAGCAAGUUCAGCACCAAGGUCCCCUGCAAGAAGAAGCUGGGAGGGGAAGGAGACACAGAUCCUGGGGCCCUGUCCAAUGAUGGCUCCGAGGAUGGCCCCUCGGUGGCCGAUGAGACAAGUAACGAUGGCUUCGACUCACUGGAGAAGAGGUGUGUUGAAAAGGACAAGUCAAAGAAGCCCGUCAGCACAAAGCCAGAGAAGAUCCCUUCUAAAAGCUUAAAGUCUGCCAGACCCAUUGCCCCUGCCAUCCCCCCCCAACAGAUCUACACCUUCCAGACAGCCACCUUCACUGCGGCAAGCCCUGGUGCCUCCACCGGCUUGACCACUACUGUGGUCCAGGCCAUGCCUAACAGCCCCCAGCUCAAACCCAUCCAGCCAAAGCCAACAGUCAUGGGAGAACCAUUUACAGUCAGCCCUUCCCUGACUCCUUCCAAGGAUAAGAAGAAAAAGGACAAGAAAAAGAAAGAGUCCAAGGAAGUUGAAAACCCCCUGACUCCUGGGAAGGUCUGCAGGGCAGAGGAAGGAAAGAGCCCCUUCAGGGGGGAAUCCAGUGACCUAGGGACCAAAAGCGAGGGGCUUCUGAAUGGUUCAUCUGAUCCCCACCAGAGCCGGCUUGCCAGUAUCAAGGCUGAGGCAGAUAAAAUCUACAGUUUCACGGACAAUGCUCCAAGCCCAUCCAUUGGAGGCACAAGCAGACUGGAGAAUGCCAACCCGGCCCAGCCUAUGACACCACUGCAUGUCGUCACCCAGAAUGGGGCUGAGGCCAGCUCAGUGAAAACCAACAGCCCAGCCUAUUCAGACAUCUCAGAUGCAGGAGAAGAUGGGGAGGGUAAACUGGAGAGUGUGAAGGCUAAGGACCCUGAGCAGCUGGUAAAAGAAGGUGCAAAGAAAGCACUCUUUCCUGCCCAGACCCAGAGCAAGGACUCCCCCUACUACCAGGGUUUUGAAACUUACUACUCCCCAGGCUACCCCCAGUCGAGCCCUGGGCCCAUGAACUCCAGCAGUCAGGCAACAGCAGAGACGCAGUCCCUGAAGAUGAAAAAGGAUGAGGAGCAAGAGAGCCCUGACGUGAAGGUGAAGAGUGAAGGCAGUGAAGAGAAGAAGACGGAGCUGAGCAGCUCUAGCCAGCAGCCCUCUGUCAUCCAACAACGACCCAACAUGUACAUGCAGUCCCUCUACUACAACCAGUAUGCCUAUGUGCCCCCCUAUGGCUACAGUGACCAGGGCUACCAUGCCCACCUGCUGAGCACCAACCCGGCUUACCGCCAGCAGUAUGAAGAGCAGCAGAAGCAGAGGCAGAACCUGGAGCAGCAGCAGCAGAGAGGGUUGGAGAAGAAAGCAGAGCUCAGCAUGAAGGAGAGAGAGGUGGCCCUCAAGGAGGAGUGGAAGCAAAAGCCCUCUGUCCCGCCAACCCUCACCAAAGCCCCCAGCCUCACAGACCUGGUGAAAUCUGGGCUGAGCAAGACCAAGGAGCAGGGGGCUGCUGACACGGCCAAGUCCGUGAUCAUUCCCAAGCUGGAGGAGUCCUCCAAGCUGCCCAGUCAGGUGGCAGAGGGACUCAAGGUGAAGCUAAGUGAGGCUGGCCACCUGGGGAAGGAGGCCACAGAGACAAAAGCUGGUUCUGAGUGCAGCCGGCAGGCGGAGGUGGACCCUGUUCUCUGGUACAGACAGGAAACAGAGCCCCGGAUGUGGACCUAUGUUUAUCCCGCCAAGUACUCGGACAUCAAGACUGAGGAUGAGCGGUGGAAGGAGGAGAGGGACAGGAAGUUGAAAGAAGAGAGGAGCCGAAGCAAAGACGCCAUCCCCAAGGAGGACGGAAAGGAGAGCACAAGCUCUGAGUGCAAGCUAACACCCACUGAGGAGUCCCGCAUGGUGGGGAAGGAUCCCCGGCCCAGCGUCCAUGUUCCCGUGUCCUCCCCCCUCACCCAGCACCAGUCCUACAUCCCCUACAUGCACGGCUACUCCUACAGCCAGUCCUAUGACCCCAACCACCCCAGCUACCGGGGCAUGCCAACGGUCAUGAUGCAGAACUACCCAGGAUCGUACCUGCCCUCCAGCUACUCCUUCUCCCCCUAUGGGAGCAAGGCCUCUGGGAGCGACGACAGCGACAAGUCUCGAGCCAGCCCCAGCGUGAGCUGCAAAUCCAGCUCGGAGUCCAAGGCCCUGGACAUCCUGCAGCAGCAUGCCAGCCACUACAAGAGCAAGUCCCCCACGAUAAGCGAGAAGACAUCUCAGGAGCGAGAGCGCAGCGGCUGUGGGGUGGUGGGGGGAGGCGGAGGCUGCAGCACUGUCGGGGCAGCGGGAGGCGGGGAGAGGAGCGUGGACCGACCCCGGACCUCCCCUUCCCAACGCCUCAUGUCAACGCAUCACCACCACCACCACCUAGGGUACUCGCUGCUGCCAGCACAGUACAACCUGCCCUAUGCAACAGGUCUCUCUUCUACAGCCAUUGUUGCCAGCCAGCAGGGCUCCACUCCCUCCUUAUACCCACCUCCCCGGAGGUGAGAACGGACAUGAUGUGGUCGGAUAUCCUAGGCUGCCCCAAGUCAUGUGACUGGCUCACAUGAGGAAGCGCUGCGAAUUCCAUUAGACAUCAGUUGAAUGGUGUUAAUUGUUCUGUUUGACGUUCCUGCCAUAAUCUGAGGCAGACUCUGUCUUCUCCCCUGUCGGACACACGCUGAAUCCCCCCACCCCCCUGCCCUUUGCCCCUUUCUUGGAGAGCUGGUACCUACAGAAAUAUUUAUUCUACUGGCCACCGGCAUUCAGGAUGGAAGUGAAUCGCCCACUGGGUGCAGAAGAAGAGGGCACGGGAAGCACCAAGGGUUUCUGAUGGACUUGAGUUGGAAGGUCCCUCUGGAGGUCACCGCUUCGGAGCAGCCCAGGACUCAGGGUGGGCAGGGAGCACCAGCCCAUUGGGUUCACGUUGUUGUGUGCCCCUUGCACCUUCUGCUUGUGGCCGUGUUGGAACCAGGGAAGAUCUUCAGACAUCCGGCUGGAGAGGGAGUUGCAGUCUCAGGAAGGAAAGUUUGGGCUCUUCCCAUUUGUACCAACAUAUCAGGGGGGUUGCCUGCAGCAAACACGUGCACAAUGGGGGUGGCUACUCCCAUCAUGGCCCAUGUGUGUGCACUGUGGGUGCAUGCGUGCACUUGUGGGGUGGUGACCUGGUGCCUGGGGGGACAUCCCAUGGUCUGAGCAGGGCUCCUCCCCUGUUGGAGCUGGGAAAAUCUGGUUCAGACUGCAGGUCGGGGAGUUCCUGUGCGUGCACUGAGCCCUAUGGGGGGCAGACCCUAGACCCACCCUAAGACCUUUGCUGGAGGUGGUGUGGAAGUGGUUGUCCCAGUGCCCUGCCCCCCCCUGCAGCGCGCUCUGCUGCAAUGCCUUCUCUCCUCUGUUCACCACAGCGUCCCUUGCCCUAGUGCCCUGACCAGGCCUGCUGCCUCCCCCCGGCCCUUCUCUGUUACUGCUUCUGUAGGUGCAGCCCCCACAUCAGCCCUUUGCCAGCGGGAUUCAGGGCUGCAGUGAAAAAUGUUCCUUCACCACAGCACAGCACAGCACAGAGCAGAGCAACCCUAGUUUUGCACAGCUGAGUUCCCCCUUGGAGGGCUGGCUCUGUUCUGGGUUUGCCCUUCCCCACCACCACACAGUCCUCAGUACUUGGCCCAACUCCUCCACCUGCCAUUUGUCAGAGCCACUCAGCCCCUCCCAUGCUAGCAGGGAGGCCACCCAGGGCCAUAGAAGUCAUAGAAAUUAAGUGCUGGAAGGGACCUUGAAAGAUCGAGUCCAACCCCCCUGCUCUGGGUAGGAAUACUGCUGAGAUCAAAUGAUCCCAGCAAGGUGUUGAUCCAGUCUCCUCUUGACUUCCAAGGCUGGGGACUGCACCACCUCCUUGGGAAGUCUAUUCCAGAUUGUGGUCACCCUUACUGUAAAGAAGUUCUCUACAUCCAACCUGAAACCAUCCUUUAACACGGGUGGGCAAAAUGCGGCCCGCAGGCCGGAUGCGGCCUGCCAGGCCAUUCUAUCCAGCCCGCAGGGCCCCUAAAAAGUUUAGAAUAUUAAUAUUUAGCUGCCCCUGGCUGCCUGUUAUGCGGCCCUUGAUGGCUUGCCAACACUCAGUAAGUGGCCCUCUGCCUGAAUUAAUUGCCCACUCCUGCAACACUUUAUGGCCAUUGCUCUUUGUCCUGGGAUGCCCUAGUGAAUAGUUUUUCUCCCAGCUCCUGAUAUUCACCCCUUACAUAUUUAUAGAGGGUGGUGGGCCUGUGUGCUGCUGGCCAAGAUCCAAGGUCGCUCCUCACUUUUGACAAUGCCAGUUUUCUCCUCUCGGGAGAGGGCAGGUGCAGGCAGCUGAGGAGGCAGAGCGUGGUAGCUCUGGUGGCUGUGGGCCCCAUUCUGCCCAAACUGGGCAGUGCCUGGCACCUCCAUGGUGCCGGCAGUGCUCCAGACUCCACUGCAGCCGCUCUGUUGAGGCCCUCAGUUCCCCGUUCCCUAGUGGUGACUGUGGCUUGGGGGAGCUGUGAGCACUUGGGGAUGGCAUUGGUGCCCCUGCCCAGCUCCGCUCCUCCCAGGUCAGCCACGAUCCCAUGGGGAUGAGCCCUCCCCACCUUCCCCUAUUCCCAUUAGUUUUCCAGGUAGUGGUUCUGCUCAGGGUGGGGUGGGAGGGAACCAGCCUGCCAAAUGCUCCUGGAGACGGGGACUAGGGCUGCUCCCCUGCUGCACCCUCACCCUGGGCCUGCACCCAGCACUGUGGCUGAGGCUGGUGCCCCUCUGAGGAGGUUGAUGCCAGCAACCGACAGAUCCCAGAGCUGUUCCUCAGGCUGCUCCCUCCCACAACCAUUGCUCUUUGAGCCGGAACCAGGCUGCUCGCUUGAGGGAGACAGCGGCUGCUGCCCACCACCAAACUGCUUCACUCAGGGCGUCCCCGGCCUGGCACAGACUGCUGUGGGGCACACUGCUUCCCUACCUGAGCAGGCUGCAUUGCCCCCUUGGAGGGGGCCAGGGCUGGGCCGGUCUGUGUGCCCCGUGUCUUGGUGCUGUCCCCACCUUGUCUGUCACGCCAGCCCCCAAGGUGCCGUUGCUGCGGGACCCUCUCUGCCUGCCGGGCUCUGUUGUACAUAUUGUAAAAAGGUAUCGUUUGAAAGCUGUUGUUUUGGGUUUUGUUUUCUUUCCCCGUGGGGGGCGGGGGUGGGGGCAGGGGUGGGCCCUGCCCCCUGCCUUCCCCCCUGCCUUCCCCUCCUCCCCUUUUCCCUCCCCAUCCCCCUCCGCCUUCCCUCCCACUCUGUACAACGGAGGAGAAGCCACUGGUCAAUCCUUGUCAGCUGUUUUCCAGUGUUCACGCCCCCCUCCCCCCUGCAGUGGGUCUUGGUUUGCUUAGGGUUUUACAUCUUUCAGAGAGGCAGCUCUGCUCCCCAGCCAGGCUGGUUCUGCCCAGCCAAAGGGCUGGCAUGAUCUGCCCCUCCACCCCAGGCAGGCCUCAGUGCCCACAGUGGCCUUGGCAUGGAAGGGCAGGGUGGUGGGUCUGCUGGUCCACCACAGCUCUCUGGGUGAAGGGAAUCUCCUGGCCCAGACCCACUGGCAUCUCUACAUGCCCCUGCUGAGGACUGGGCAUAGAGCAGCCAGGGCCCCCCCAAAGGCAGGGCUGAUCACUUCCCUGUCUGGUGGGAUGUUCCUGAAGGCCAGGUGGGUUGAGCCUGGUCCUCACAACAUAGGGAGAAUUACCUUGGCCAGGAGGACCUGGGAGAUGGAGCCCUGCGGGGCAAAGGGGCCGCCCCUUGCUCUGCCUCUGGAGCAGGGGGGACCUUUCAGCUGCUCACAAGAAGUGACCCCAAAGGGCUGCCAUCAUGGUGGAGCCACCAGACACACUUGAGCUUGGCAGUGGGUGGCAUCCCAUCUUUGGCAUGUCAGGUCUGUGAGGAAGCCCAGCUGGUGCCAGGUUGUUGUUUGAGACCUUGCCUGUUGGCUUCUGCAGGUUGUGGGCAAAGCAGCAGUGUCCUUCAGGCGUCCAUAUAGCCUUUCUGGCCCCAGUCUAGACAUCUCCAUCAGCAGGCAAGGGCCAGGCGGGGGCAGUAGCCAGCCCUGGAAGAAGAGACUCAUGGUGUUUGAGAUAUGGGAAGCCACAAGUCAAUCCAAAUGAUCCCAGCAAGGAGGUCAGCUGGCAAGGAGCUUCUGAACUCUGGUUUAAGGUGGGGUCUGUUCUCAGUCCUCCCUUGGCCGUUAAUGAAAACCGGUGUCAACUGAGUCGUAUUGAGUUUCGACCUCAGUGUUCCCAGCAGGCUCCUUCCAGCGAGCAGUCUGGGCAGCUGAAGGGGACGCUGCCCUCCCAGUCCCCUCCCUCCCUUCCCCUGCCCCGUUGCUGUCCAUGCCUGGUGCCACCUUCCUUCUGCAAACCCACUUCCCGCCCCACACCGUGAGCAGGGGUCCCACGGGGACUUUGAAACGUUGAUGUUUAUAGCUCUUGUUUCCAUUGGAGUUGCUGUGUUGGGUUUAAUUUCAGUCUUCCUGAUUCUGCCCUCUGUAAAGUGUACAUUAUUACCAAGUUCCUUGUUUUUUAUAUAUAUAUAUAUAUAAAUAUAUAUAUAUACAAACUGAACUCUUCUUGCCUUUGUACAUUCGGGCAAGGAGAGAGAAUAAAUCUUUUUAAGAGACAAUCACA